UGCUGCCGCCAUCUUCCUGGAGGAGAGGAGCGGAGGCUAAGGCUUCCCUCCCUGGGAUCGCUCCGCACUCAUGCCACCGCCUGCCCUCCCCCGACCGCCUCUUCUCCUCAGUGCUCACCUAGCUCCUUCUAAAGAAGCGCCCUCCCCCCCACUCUAGUUACCCACCACAAGGCGGAGAUUCUCAUUACCUGUUCCACUCUUAUUAGCGUAAGAAAACCAGGCUCAUAAGAUAAACGAAACUUCACAAAAGAUGUCUAAGCAACAACCAACUCAGUUUAUAAAUCCAGAAACUCCUGGCUAUGUUGGAUUUGCAAAUCUUCCCAAUCAAGUACACCGAAAAUCAGUGAAAAAAGGUUUUGAGUUCACACUGAUGGUGGUCGGAGAAUCAGGUCUAGGAAAAUCGACUCUUAUAAAUAGCCUCUUCUUGACUGAUCUCUACCCAGAAAGAAUCAUACCUGGAGCUGCAGAAAAAAUAGAAAGAACUGUCCAAAUUGAAGCUUCAACAGUUGAGAUUGAAGAGCGGGGGGUCAAGCUGCGACUGACGGUGGUGGAUACCCCUGGCUAUGGCGACGCCAUUAACUGCAGGGAUUGUUUUAAGACAAUUAUCUCCUACAUUGACGAGCAGUUUGAACGGUACCUGCACGAUGAGAGUGGCUUGAACAGGCGGCACAUCAUUGACAACAGGGUGCACUGUUGCUUUUACUUCCUUUCACCUUUUGGGCAUGGACUUAAACCUUUAGAUGUGGCGUUUAUGAAGGCAAUACACAAUAAGGUGAAUAUCGUGCCUGUCAUUGCAAAAGCCGACACUCUCACUCUGAAGGAGCGAGAGCGACUGAAGAAAAGGAUUCUGGAUGAAAUUGAAGAGCAUAACAUCAAAAUCUAUCACUUACCUGAUGCAGAAUCAGAUGAAGAUGAAGAUUUUAAAGAGCAGACUAGACUCCUCAAGGCCAGUAUCCCAUUCUCUGUGGUUGGAUCCAAUCAAUUGAUUGAAGCCAAAGGGAAGAAGGUCAGAGGCCGCCUCUACCCCUGGGGUGUUGUAGAGGUCGAGAACCCCGAGCAUAACGACUUCCUGAAGCUGAGGACAAUGCUCAUCACCCACAUGCAGGAUCUCCAGGAGGUGACCCAGGACCUCCACUAUGAAAACUUCCGUUCCGAGAGGCUCAAGAGAGGCGGCAGGAAAGUGGAGAGCGAGGACAUGAAUAAAGACCAGAUCUUGCUGGAAAAGGAAGCUGAACUCCGCCGCAUGCAAGAGAUGAUUGCGAGGAUGCAGGCGCAGAUGCAGAUGCAGAUGCAGGGCGGAGACGGCGACAGCGGGGCGCUUGGGCACCACGUGUGAGAAAACACUUUCCUGGAUAAAAAGAAAACAUUCCAGAUGGUAAUAUAGCUGCGCGUUUUCAUGAGAUCGUUGGAAGGCUACCCAUCCACAUUUUGCAGAACCUGUGCCUGAAAAUUUAAUUUUGUUUUAAACUUUUGAUGUGUUGUUUCUUUUUUUUUUUUUGUAUCUAGUGCUUUUAGCAUUUGCAUUUCAUUGCUGUUAUACUUUAUUUUUGUGAGAUAAACUUUCAUUUUUAUUUUCUUCUUCCUUAA